CGCAGACUUAAAGAUAUUUCAGGCUGUAGUACAUCGUACGCGCUGGGAAGACGAAGCUCCAGCUGGAACAUCCAGGGUCCUGCUGUGACGAAAUUGUGGAGUAACAAAGAUUGUGCCAUCUGUGGGUUUUUGAGCUGACAUCAUCAUAUCUCCUGCCUAUUGACUGAAUUACCCCCAUAACAAAGCAUGGAGGGGGCCGUGGUGAACAACCUCAUAGAAUUUGACUCGCCCCCAGAAGGAACAGCGCCCUCUGUUCUCGUACCCUCCAGUGGGGCGGACUUUUUCUCAUCCGAGCCUCUCGUCCCUGAGCCUGCGAGCGACGUCACCAUGGAGCCCCUUCUUCCAGAGCCCAUGGCCCCCACACAUACUUCCCACAGUGAAGACGAUAGUGAUGCCACCGAAUCUGCCGACAGUGAGAACGAGGGCGCAGAUUCGCCAUCACACCCGUCGAGCACGCGGCGGUCCUCGUCUUGCUCCAGUCACAGUACUGAGGACGCGGAGGAGACGGAGAUACGAGCGUUCAUGAAAACCUAUGUGGCAAAGCUCUUCCAUGGAAGGGAGGACUUUGAUCAGGAGGAGAAAGCUCGCUUUGGAGAGCUGUGCACUGGAGAGAACGGGAAAGGCAGGGAGUGGUUCUCGAAAUAUGUCAGUGCACAGCGCUGCCACUCCAAAUGUGUGAGCGAACAGACUUUCUACAGGCUGGUGCAGUCAUUUGCUGUUGUUCUGUUUGAAUGUCACCAGGUGGAUGAUUAUGCUCCCGCCAAACACCUCAUGACCAUGUGCUUCACAUAUUACUACAUGGGUAAGUCCCAGCUGUCUCCCACAGAGCUGUUGGAGAGGCCCAGCGGGGGGAUCGACUCGUACCUGCGCAGUGGAAAGGUCUGGCUGUCUGGGAAGAAGGAUAUCGCGGAGCGAAUGCUCAAAAACACCUCCGCUAAGUCUGACGUUAAAGGAUUUUUUGGGGGUCUGGAGAGCAAACUGAGAGGACCCUUGGGCCGAAAGAAUGAAGACUCAGACAGGCCUGUUGAACAGAAAACCAAAACUCCAGUUUCUCCCCCUCUCUCCCCGGAUAGAAAAGAAGAGGAGAAAAUUUACCUGUACACACACCUGAAACAGCAGCCCAUUUGGCACACUUUGAGGUUUUGGAACGCAGCGUUUUUUGAUGCCGUCCAUUGUGAGAGAAAUAAAAGAUCCCCCACCACGAGGCGGACGGCUGAGGAAGAGAAAGAUGAAAGAGAAAAGUGGUGUCAUAUGACCCAGGAAGAAAAAGACGAUAGCUCCAGAUUUGAUGAGAACAUCACCUUCGGUCAACUGGGGACAUUCACUCAUAACAUGGUGGCAUUUGGACUGAGCAAGAAACUUUGCAAUGACUUCCUGAAGAAGCAGGCAGUCAUUGGAAAUCUGAAUGAAGAGCAAAACAAGCUGCUGUGUGAUCACAUUGAGCAGAUGGCUGCAGAGUGAAUAUCCAAAAUCAUCUAAACUCUACCAUCAGCACAUCCAUGAUCUCUAAUGACCAGUAUUCCACAAAUGCCAACACGGUUUCGCCUCUAUCAUCACCCUACUAUUCUCACCAAUACAGAAAUCAUGCAACUAAAAUGGUUGGCAUAAAUCAGCCAAAUCCCCAUGAUGCUUCGGUGUCCAGCUGCAGUGUGGAAACGGUUCAUCUUUGUUGAAAAUGCCACAACGUGUCAAAAUAAGCACCUAUACUGGAAUAGCAAUAUGGCUCACAGUUUUCAAGCAUCAUAAGACACAGUAUCUGUCAUCAUCUAUUAUACGGAAUUCAUAUUGUGUGAUGUGAAUGUGAUGCAAAACACAUCCUCAAAUCCCAGUCAGUUAAAAUAUUCCCUUAGUUUCUUUCCUUUAAAUCUUUCCUGCUACCUUUAUGUACUAAAAGUGUCCUUUGGGCAAGUUCAAUGACAAAUAAUGAACAAAAAUACAAUCUAACAAUAUCAGUAUUUCAAUAUAUCAAUGGCAACAAAAUCAAUGUUUUCUGAAAAUCAAUCAGUUCUGUUCUGGGCCUGUUCCUGUCGUAUGUUCCCAUCUAUUGCACUUGGUUUUGUGUUCAUCCUGUAUGGAUAAAUUGAGUAUUAAUAGUGUUUGUGACAUCCUCACAUGUGGAAACUGGAACUAUGUCUCUUCCCCUGUUUAAAGUGCCUUUAGUCGUAUAGUAGUAACCUUCCCAUUUUAGAGCGAGCAAACCCUUGUCAGCAUGCUGUUAUCCUCCCAUGACUCUCUGGGUUAGCGUUCAUAAGUUUGUGCACCCUGUCAGUAGAUGUGUUGUGUGGAUAAUGCUUGUUUUGUAUUAGAGUCAGUUCAUGCUGCAGUUGUUUGGAUGUCGUAUAGUGUUGUCUUGAAUGCAUGGUAUGCAUGCACAUUGUUUACCAUCAACUCACACUGUUGUGCAAUUACAUUUCAAGCCAAUAGAGGGCAAUCACCCUCCGCUUUGACUGUAGAUCAGUGAAGGUGAAUGUCUGAGUGGGGUCUCCAAGAGCUUGGAUUGAAUCAAAUGUCCUCCAUGUAAGAGAAACAAAACAAAAGGUAAUAUAUUUGGUUUGUAAAUACAUUGUUUUCUUGACAGAAUAAUGAGGAAUAUGGGCUGGUUUAAAGGGAUCGUCAGAUUGUUGGGGAUUUAUUUAUUUGUCUGUAUGUGUUGUACAUGGGCGCAUGGUUGUAUCAGAUAUUAGUCAUUGCAUUUCAGAUGAUGUUGUUAAUAUUGUGCGGUGUUCUGCAUUGUAUUUUUCCCCAAGUGCCCUGAAUUUCCUAUUUGAACAUACCUUGAAACCAACGAGAGAGGUAUUGUCCUGUCUCUAAUGUGUAAAGUGUUUAUAAUAAUAACUUAAAUAAAAAAAUAAUUAAAAAAAACACAA